AAAAAUUAAACGAUGGUUUUUAUUUUUAAAAAAUUAACAUUUUAUAAAGCGAGGAAAAAACUUUAUUUAUAAAUUUAAUCAAUUUUUGUGUGCCUUGUUCUACUGUGGGGCGGGUGCCAAAAGCAACAGUGUGCCCGUUAAGCACUCUCUCCUGCUUUCACUCCCAUUCUCCCCCCACGACCUCCACGACCAAGGUGAAGUUGGGAAUGGGAAAAAUGAAUGAGCUGCUUCGAAUUGCAAUCCCUCAUUAGGGGUGGAAACAUACGAGGGGACUUACACAUAAUGAUUAUGUUCGUGUUAUGUGCUGUUAAUAGGGGGAAAAGUGUGACAGGGAUAAUAUUUCACACCUCUCAUUCAUAUUCUUGUGGCAUUUAUUGGCGUAGACACAUACAUGUCGAUAAAUUUAAAUCCUAUUACUUAAAUAUUAAUCUCUAUAUUUAAAUCCUAUUAAUUUAUAGAGCCUUUAAAUAUGAUGCCUAAAUAGCUGUAGAAUCUGUAGAUAGAAUUUUGGAACUUUUUCAAAAUUUAUUUAUAAGAAAUGGGUCUAUAAAGAAAUUCUUAUAAUAUAUACAAAACUUCAAGGAUAUACAUAGGUACAAGCUUUAGCUCCUUUAAUUUUUAAUUUUAUUUUUUAUGUUUAAAUACUAAUCUUUAUUGGAACUAAUACCAAUUGUUUUUGAAAAAUAGGUUCCAUUAGUUUAUAGAUUUCUAACAUAUUAUAUUAAACAUUGAUGCCUUUUUCAUAAAAAUUUGGAUUUUAAUAGCACUCCAAUAUCAAUAUUCAAUAACUCGCAUUGCGAAACAAUUAAACUAAUGGCUUUUAACCCCGGGUAGUGCUACCUACAAUCAGAUAACCUUAACCCCACGGGGUGUAAUCCGGUAGACCAUAUCCUCUAGACCCGUCAGUGCCUCGUUGGCCAUGUCACCGAACACUUGGGUCAUCGAAAUGCCUACGGAAAAGUCGCGUUCACGUCCAUAUCCGCAGAGAAUUUCUCCGUACGGGGUGCAUCAUCCUAGUAGGGAUGCCUUUACCAGGACUAGGGAUCCUCCGACUGCGGCUACCCCGACAAAGAUAGUAGAUCAUCCUGUUUUCGAAGAUAUUCGCACAAUAAUGUCCGUGCUGAAGGCGAGUGGCUUGAUGCCCAUUUAUGAGCAGGUGUCCGACUACGAAGUGGGUCCUCCCACCAAAACCAAUGAGUUCUAUUCGUUUUUUGUGAGGGGUGUGGUCCACGCCCUGACCCUCUUCAACAUCUACAGUCUCUUCACGCCGAUCUCAGCUCAGCUAUUUUAUUCUUACCGGGAAACGGACAAUGUAAACCAGUGGAUCGAACUGCUCCUCUGCAUCCUGACCUACACCCUUACGGUUUUCGUGUGCGCCCGUAAUACGAAGAGUAUGCUAAGGAUCAUGAACGAGAUUCUUCAACUGGACGAGGAGGUCCGGCGUCAGUUUGGAGCCAACUUGAACGAAAAUUUCGGAUUCUCUGUGAAGUUUUUGGUGGGAAUCGCCGUCAGUCAGACCUACAUCAUCAUCCUGAAGAUCUACGCGGUAAAGGGCGAGAUAACCCCCACCUCCUACGUGCUCCUGGCCUUCUAUGCCAUUCAAAAUGGCCUCACCGCUACCUAUAUAGUGUUCGCCUCCGCCCUGCUGAAGAUCGUGUAUAUAAGGUUCCAUUUUAUAAACCAACUUCUGAACGGAUACACCUAUGGUCAGCAGCAGAAGCCGAAACAGAAGCGUAACCAUAAUGGACAUUUUAGAGCAGCCUUGAUGGACAACUUCCCGGAGGACUCCCUUUUUAUAUAUCGGAUGCACAACAAACUGCUGCGGAUCUACAAGGGCAUCAAUGAUUGCUGCAACCUGAUCCUGGUGUCCUUCUUGGGCUACUCCUUCUACACGGUCACCACCAAUUGCUAUAAUCUGUUUGUCCAGAUAACCGCCAAGGGUAUGAUAUCACCCAAUAUAUUGCAGUGGUGCUUCGCCUGGCUCUGUAUGCACGUCUCCCUGCUGGCGCUGUUGUCCCGGAGUUGUGGUCUAACCACCAGAGAGGCCAACGCGACAGCCCAGAUACUGGCCAGGGUCUAUGCCAAGGCCAAGGAGUAUCAGAAUAUAAUUGACAAAUUCCUCACCAAGAGCAUCAAACAGGAGGUUCAGUUUACGGCCUAUGGAUUUUUUGCCAUAGAUAACUCCACCUUAUUCAAAAUAUUUUCGGCAGUCACCACAUAUUUGGUUAUCUUGAUCCAAUUCAAGCAACUGGAGGACUCUAAGGUAGACGAUUCUAUUCCAGCACAAACAUAG